GUAGAAGUUUUGUAGGCCCUAACGUCAGUUCCCGACGCCGUUUGUCAGCCAUUUUGAUAAAGGAAAUAAAUCGUCUCACUGUGAGUGAUUUUGUUUGUAAAUGGACGGUGAGUUUUAUACAUCCAGUGGAAUGAAGCGUAGUCAGGAUGACAUGAUGCAAGUAAAUGAAGGUAUGGGUGAUGCAAAUGAUGCUAAAAAGGCUAAAUUUGACAAUGGCGGCAACCCUCCUUCACGUGUAGUACAUAUUCGUAGCCUUCCAAAUGAUGCAGCUGAAACAGAUGUGGUUCAGUUGGGAAUGCCUUUUGGCAAAAUGACUAAUGUUCUUGUGCUCAAACAAAAAAAUCAGGCUUUUCUAGAGUUUCAAGAAGAAACAAGUGCAGUCAACAUGGUUUCAUAUUUUAAAACAAACCCUGCUCAAGUACGUUUAAAAUCAUGCUAUGUUCAGUUUUCAAAUCACAAGGAACUUAAAACGGAUGCUUCAAAUGUGCAGAAUACAAGUGCCCAAGCUGCCCUGCAGGCUGCCCAAGGUUUGCUUGGUGCUGGUGGUGCAAAUGUAUCUGGUGAUCACACGACAAUUCUUCGUGUGAUUGUUGAUAAUGUUUUAUACCCUGUUACUUUGGAAGUUUUGCAUCAGCUGUUCUCCAGAUUUGGUAAAAUUUUGAAAAUCAUUACAUUCACAAAAAACAAUACAUUUCAAGCUUUGAUACAGUUUUCUGAUCCCAUAUCUGCUGCUACUGCUAAAGAUUCUCUUGACAAUCAAAAUAUUUACAAUGGCUGCAACACUUUGAAAAUUGACUACUCCAGGCUUACAAAUCUGAAUGUUAAGUACAAUAAUGAUAAAAGUCGAGAUUUUACACGCCCUGAUUUACCUACUGGCGAUGGAAUGGAUAAUGGUAUGCCUAUGGGAGGUGGAGAUUUAGGUGGAAUGGGAGCUGGAGUACUUGGUGCAGGUGGUAAUUCUCUUAAUAUGGGAGGAAUGGGUGGAGCAGGAGGCUUCAAUUUUGGAGGAAAUCAAAUGGGGAACAGAAUGGGCAAUAUGCAAGGAAUGAAUCAAGGAAGUGGAAGCCCUUGUGUACUAGUAUCUAAUUUAGAUGAGGAGAAAGUAACGCCAGAUGCACUCUUUAUACUUUUUGGUGUUUAUGGUAACGUGCACCGUGUGAAGAUUUUGUUCAAUAAGAAAGACAAUGCUUUGGUACAAAUGGCGGACCCAUCUCAGGCCCAACAAGCUGUAACAUACUUAGACAAAGCCAGAGUAUGGGGAAAACAGCUGAGAGUAGCUCCGUCAAAGCACCAGUUGAUUCAAAUGCCAAAAGAUGGACAGUCUGAUGCUGGUUUGACAAAAGAUUUUGUGAAUUCUCCACACCACAGAUUUAAACGAAUGGGAUCCAAAAAUUAUAUUUUCCCGCCAACUGCUGUUUUACAUUUGUAUAAUGUGGCAACCCUUGAGGAAAGUGACAUUCGUAGCCUAUUUUCACAGUAUGGGUCAGUUAAGGCUUUCAAAUUUUUCAACAAUGACCGUAAGAUGGCUUUAAUUGAAAUGUCUACAGUGGAGGAAGCCACACUAUCUCUCAUUGGUCUACAUAAUUACCAAGUUGGGGACAACCUUCAUUUGAGAGUCUCCUUUUCAAGAUCUACAAUCUAAAGCAAGAAAAUUCUUUGGAUUCAAUUAAUUGUUAACCUUAAAUGUGAAGGCACAUUUUGAAGCUGAUAUCAGUAUGCUAAGAUAAUUUGUAUAGAACAUUAUUUUUAAACCAAUGCUGAGUUGUCAUUUUAAAUCAAUGUUAAUGCUGGUACCUCUGUACCUGAGCUAGACUUGCCUGAUGGAUUCUUGUUUUCUAGCCAGAUUGAUGCUGUACAUAUUUGACAUAUCUGACAUUUUAUUAUUUGAUUUUAUUCAUUCAUUACAUUUUAUGUGCUCAUAAUUAUAUCAUUUUAGGUUUUUAUAAAGCUAACCACUGUCCAUUAAUAUAUGUAGUUGUAUUUGGUGGUUUAAACACAUUUAGUUCUAAUGUACAUUGCUAUAUCAUACCUGAAAUUAGUUUUAACAAUCCUCACAAUUUCCUUAGUCUUGUGAGGUAUGUCUUAGGUUGAUAUAGAAAUAUUCAAAAGUUUCAAAUACUAUGCCAGGAAAAAGAAAAUUCAUCUAUUAAUUUAAAAAAAAUGAGUUGAUCAGCACACACUGUUAUAUAGAGAUAAGAAACCUAAUUGUUCAAAUGUUUUUAUCAGUAGACUAAUUUAGUAAUUUUCUGCUAGCAAUUUUUUUUAGACUACUCAUCCAAUCUUAAAAGGCCAGCUAACUUGCCAAGGCCGGUCCUUGUAACUGAAUAGUAUAGUGUUGUUUUUUUUAAAACAUUUUUUUAAGGGCUUCAUUUAACUUCAUGAUUAGUGAUAUGUAGAUCAAAGGUUACCCAAUAAGAUAUGUUUUUCCCCCAGAAAAGUGCAGGUUCCUUGGUUUGGUAAGGGUGUGGUUGGAUGAAGGGGACAAGUUAAAAUAAAUAAUGAAUUUCAUUGAAUAAUUAGCAUGUAGGAGAGAAACUUAAGUAUUUGAAAUGUAUUUUUUUUUUUACAAGAUAUGGACAUGCAUUUCUUGGUUAAUUUUAUUAAUGGUAUAUGGAUUGAUUAAAUAAUAGUAUUAAUAGAGGUAGCUUUGUUUUUUUGUUAAUCUCUCCCCUGAACAGAUAAUGCAUAGUGGAGUGUUGGUUAGACAAAGCCUUACUUUAAAGUGCAUGUUUGUAUAACCGUAUUAUCAACAUAUGUAAAUUCUAAAAUUUUAAAAGUAUUACAUAUUGACAAUUUUCAAUUCUUUUCUUCAAUAAUUUGUUAUCCAUUGAUAGUCUUGCAAACUGUUUUACAUCUUUGUUUACUCGAUACAACAUACUGUGGCAGCUUGGUGACAUUAAAAAUGAAAUUUUAAAACAAUUUCACAAAAUUUCAUUUUCAUAUGGCAUAAUUUUUUAAAAUCAGUGACAUAGUUGUAAUCCAUAUUGAUUUUUAAGUAAUUUUUAUGUACAUGUCUGAUAAGUAAUCACAAAGAGACAAAAAAUGUGUCAUUUUUUUCUUUUUAACACCUAAUAAAGACCUUAUUGAUGUAACAAUA